AUGAAAAUCGAUCCUGGUGUUCUCGAAGACCAUCCUAAGCUCAAGGAGAUGCUUGAUCAAUUCGUUGGAUGCCGUGAUGACCGUAGUUCCUGGGAGUAUUCAUUAUACCCAUCAUUGACUUUAAAACACGCUUCAUCUAGCAAACUUGUGUGGGAAUUUAAGGUCGAAAAGCAACACUGCAACAUGACCGGCAAUGUUCAUGGUGGAUGCGUUGCAUCCCUUGUUGACGAAUGCAGUGGAUUUGCAGCUUUCACUCACCAAGGACGCAACCAAUGGAAGAACUUUGGCGUAUCAGUCAACAUUUCAGCAUCCUAUCUACGAGGUAUCCCAGGCGGAGAAACAGCUAGAGUGGAGGUCACUACUGAACGAGUGGGGAAAACGUUGGCCAAUUUUUACGUAAAGAUAUUUGAUGCCAAAGACAGAUUAUGUUACACUGGCAACCACACCGUCUUUUGCACCGAUCCGAAAAUUUGA